GCUUUCUUCUUGCAUCCUGCCCGGACCUUUUGCACAAAGUCAUAAGGCUAAUGAUACUGGACUUGUUGUUGUUGAUGCAAGAGGGCUUCUCUUUAGAAUUCCUUGCGACCAUGGUCAUAAACAAGUUCUUUCUCUCCCUCUAGUCGACUAGUCCUACUUACAAGUGAGUGCAUGCACAAGAGGGAGCGUGGUAUAACUCUCAUGCACCAUCUCUCUCUUCUUCUCCACCUCUCUACUUUCUCAUGACCCAUGCGGUCGUAUAAGACAUGAAGGUGUUCAAGGGCAAGAUUUGGGCAGCAAUAGGAUCACUCAUGGACCACGCCGGCGCCGCGUCCACCACCGCCAAGUCCUCCUCUUCGGCGGCCGCCGUUCCCGACCGAGCACUCCUCACAGACAUCGAGGCGGCCAUCGAGCGGUGCACCGGCAGCAGCGGAGGCGGCGGCAACGACGACGACCGGCACGUCCACGAGAUCCUCUUCCUCGUCUCCAACGCGCGGGGCGCCAUCACCUUCCUCUCCCGCCGCAUCACGGCGCGCCUCGAGGCCGCGCGCGCCCCGGCCGCCGCGCUCCGGUCUCUGCUCCUCGUCCACCGCCUCCUCCGCGCCGGCGACCGGUACUUCGAGCAAGACUUCCGCAGCCUCUGGGCCUCCCGCGAGCUCCGCGUCGACGCGCCCCGGUGCAGCUGCUCGCCCCUCGCUGCCGGCGUCGGCUACGCCAGCGGAGCGUGCGCCUUCGUCCACGGCUACUCGGCCUACCUGGAGGGGCGCAUGCAGUGGGUGAUCAACCAGGCCGGUAACCUGGAGCCCGCGCGGAAGCCGCCACCGCCGCCGCCUGACCACGACGCCGGAAAGCCCAUGCCCUCCUCUUCCUCCGACGACGCCGGCGCCGAGACGCUCCUCUUCAAGCUCGCCAUGUGCCAGAGGCUGCUCGACCUCGCCAUCCAACUGCUGCCGGACAACAACACGAGCGCCAGCACCGCGGCGCGGUCGGCCUUCGGCAUUGUGCUCCGUGAGAGCUUCAAGGUCUACGAUGCCUUCGCGGAAGGCAUCGACGUCAUGCUGCUACUGUCGAAGAGCCUCGCCGGGCAAAGCAAGCCUUCGAGGGCCACCGCUCACGAGAUACUGAAGAAGGCGUGCGUCCAGACGCUGGAGCUCAAGGAGUUCUACCACAAGUGCAAGAGGAGCAGCGCGAACAGCAAGAGCAUCGAGUACCCUCUCGUCAGGGUCGUCACGCCAGCGCAGGCCGUUGUGAUGGAGAUGGAGCUGGAGCUGGUGCCGAUCCCGGAGGAAGAUGGCUGCCAGGAAGAAGUCGAGGCCAAACCUCAAGCAGAGGCGAUCGACGGUGGUGGUUCGCCGUUUGCGCACAAGAUGGAGACGACGAUCAGCACGGUAUGGGUCGGGUUCGACGAUGAGGACCAGAAGCUGAUCACUGCUCCUGAUGCUGGUGAUCCCUGAAUUUGUGCAGCCAAAACAGCUAGCUUUUAGGAGUUCUUGCAAGUAAUUCCAUGCGUACUUAUUUUGGGUGCUCCGCAUUGAGCGGUCUAGCUUCUCUCUUCUCGAUAUUUUUGUGUGCAUCGUUAAUUACGUAUUAUUUGUUUUCAUGGAUUUGUGCUGUGAAUAACCAAGUACAGUAACUCUUCCUUA